CCUUCUGCCCCCUUUUGGACUCACGAGUCCCCGCGUCCCCUCUUCCCAUCACGGGCCGGAUCAACAAGGGACCCCGGUCCGGAGGAGGUUGCACUGGGGCUUAGCUGCUCUCUGUCCUCAGGGUCCCACUCCCUGCGUUAUUUCCACACCUCCGUGUUCCGAGCUGGCCACGAAGAGGCUUUUUACACCUCGGUGGGCUAUGUGGACGACACGCUGUUCCUGCGCUUUGACAGCGACGCCCUGAAUCCGAGGGUGGAGCCGCGCGCGCAGUGGAUGGAGUAUGAGACGCCAGCGUUUUGGGAAGCGCAAACUAAGAUCGCGGAGGCGCACGAGCAGAAGUUGCGCUGGAACCUGCGCUCCACCCUCCGCUACCUCAACCAGAGCGAGGACGGCUCUCACACCUUCCAGUGGAUUUCUGGCUGUGACCUUGGGCCAGAUGGAAGCCUCCUUCGUGGAUAUGAGGAGUUUGCCUAUGAUGGUGCGGAUUACAUCUCCCUGAAUGAGGACCUGCGCUCUUGGACCGCCUGGGACAAGGCUGCUCAGAUCACCCAGCGCAAAUGGGAGGAUUCAGGAGAUGCAGAGCACUACAGGGCCUACCUGCAGGAGGAGUGCCUGGAGUGGCUGGCCAGGUACUUGGAAGUUGGCUUACCUAAAAUUUGUCACUCUUCUUCCCAGGCCCCCAAAGACACAUGUGACUCACAUCCUAGCCCUGAAGGAGCUGUCACCCUGAAGUGCUGGGCCCUGGGUUUCUACCCUAAGGAUGUCACUCUGAUCUGGCAGCGGGAUGGGGAGGAUCAGACCCAGGACAUGGAACCUGUAGAGACCAGGCCUGCAGGAGAUGGAAGCUUCCAGAAGUGGGCAGCUGUGGUGGUGCUUUCAGGAGGGGAGCAGAAAUUCACAUAUCUUGUGCAGCAUGAGGGGUUGCCCGAGCCCCUCCCCUGA